AUGUCUGCUCCGCUCAAAGUCGCGCGGCUUGUCUCCCUCGCCCUCGCCACCGCGUUCGGCAUCAUAGGCAUGAGCGUCGGCAUCAGCGCUGUCGUCAAGUCCAACCGACAGAAGACCAAGGUCCGCCAUAGUGUACCCGCCGGCACAUCCGUGUCCAUUGACACCAACGAUGUCCUCCACUCGGGCAUUGUCAACACCGUCGUCUGCGGCCUCCUCGCCGUCGUGUCCUUCUCCGCCCUCAUCACCACCCUUGUCUCCGCGUCUGGGCGCCGCGCGUCCCUCAUUUUCGCGCACGUCCUCCUCUUCCUCUCCAUCUGGCUCUUCGCCACCCUCGUACCCUUCACCGACUUCGUCGCGAACCGCCAGGCCAAGGUCAGCGCCACACUCGACGGCAUCUCCCUGCCCCAGAGUGUCAUCCAGGCCGUGCAGGCACAGAUUGGCGUAACCGGAAUCUAUCACAAGCUUUUAUACCUCCGCAUCGCAUCGGCAUUGCCGUGGAUCGCAUUCCUUUUCGGCGUGCUAUCCGCAGUCUUCCUGUAUGCCACAGAGCGCGGUGCCGACUCCUCGCGUUAUCCGCUCGCGGCCGGCGGCACAGUCGGUUCCAUCAGGGAGGUAGAUGACAAGCCGAAAGAGGCGGAGAAAGUGGGCGUCCAGCAGGUAUAA